GACGGGGGGCAGCGCCCCCGCGUGCCCGCUGCUGCUGGCGGACCAGGGGCCGGCGGGCCCGAAGGGCAAGGAGCCCGUGGUGUACCCCUGGAUGAAGAAGAUCCACGUGAGCGCCGUCAACCCCAGUUAUAACGGAGGCGAGCCCAAGCGCUCUCGAACCGCCUAUACCCGGCAGCAGGUCUUGGAGCUGGAGAAGGAAUUCCAUUUUAACCGCUACCUGACCCGGCGGCGCCGCAUCGAGAUCGCCCACACGCUCUGCCUGUCUGAGCGCCAGGUCAAGAUCUGGUUCCAGAAUCGGAGAAUGAAGUGGAAGAAAGACCACAAACUUCCCAACACCAGAUGCGAUCUUCCAACCCUGCCUCGGCCCCUGCCGGCCCUCCUGGAAAAGCACAAACUCACAGCCCCCACCCCCAUCCCCACCCUCUACCUAGUGCCUCCACACCCAUUCCCUCCUCCAUAUAACCAUCUGGGGACCUGAAUCAGUUUCUGUCACUCACCUGCCCUUCUCCUCUCCUGCCCCUAUCCUCAUCCACUCCUCUCCAAGGAAACCAUAACAGACACCAAAACAAAAUUCAACUUGGUGGAAACCAUAACCAAAAAGAAGACAUUAUCCCUGGUAAGUGUCUGUGCGAUCCCCAAGAGGACAUCUGUCCUGGACACUGCCUAGUGGAACAACCUGCUGACCUGGACAACCUUGCCAGGGUUGGAUACCUGUGAGGAAGCACGCGUCAUCACAUACCUUUGAGUCAGCUGGACAGCGUGCUGACUGGGGACGUGUACUUGUAUCUUUGUUACAAGCAGAAGAAACAGCCCCUUCCUUUCCCAGCUCCUUACCUUCCUCUUCUACAUUAAGGCAGCUCACAGGAGCUUUACUGAGUAGACAUUGUGGACCUCACCAGAUUAUUUAAUUCUCAAAAAUGUGUAGACCUUGAUGGUAGGUGUGGCAUGUAGUUUCCUCUCCUUGCAUUUAUUUAAGAUACUGUUAUAGAGAUAUUGUUGUCUUACUCUCGGGCACAAUCUUGGGGGAGAGGGAAAUGCAUUUAGACCCACUUGCAACUGUACAAAGUGAUAUGGCUGUGUAAAAAGGAAAGUGCUAAGAAUAAACAUUUUAAAAAACAUUAAAA